AUGUGGUCAAGAUCCCUCCUCGCCUCUAGCGCCUUGCGCGCCGCCCGCCCGGCGACCUCCGCCUUCCGCGCCCCGAACCCCUUCCUCCUCACAGCCGCCCAGCGCCGCCUCCUCUCCGACCAGACGCGCCAGGCCAUCGACAAGGCCGUCGCCUCGGCGCCCGUCGUGCUCUUCAUGAAGGGCACCCCCGAGACGCCCCAGUGCGGCUUCUCGCGCGCGAGCAUCCAGGUCCUCGGCCUGCAGGGCGUCGACCCGGCCAAGUUUGCCGCCUUUAACGUGCUCGAGGACGCCGAGCUGCGGUCGGGUAUCAAGGAGUACUCGGACUGGCCGACGAUCCCCCAGCUGUACGUCGACAAGGAGUUUGUGGGCGGCUGCGACAUUGUUGUGUCGAUGCACCAGAACGGCGACCUCGCCAAGCUGCUCGAGGAGAAGAAGGUUCUCGCCGAGGGCGAGGGCGAGGGCGAGGGCAAGGACGAAUGA